GGCGGGGCUGUCUGGUUCACAGUUUCCUUUCUGUUGUUUUUUUUUUUCCGGUUGUGUGGCAAGACCGCUCUUAGAAAGCAGUCAUUGAGACUCCGAAGUCCUCGACUUAAUAAUUUUUUGUCAAAGAGAUCAACUCCCCGGAGCGAUGGCGUCACAAGCCGCGGAGGCCGGGCCCAAGAAGAAGUUGGUCCUGAAUGCAUUCGUUGAAAUGUGCAGCGGACACCAAUCGCCCGGUUUAUGGCGCCACCCAGAAGACAAGUCGUGGGAGUUUGACAAGAUCGAGCACUGGGUCGAGCUAGCCAAGCUUCUGGAGGAUGCCAAGUUCCACGGGAUAUUCAUCGCCGACGUGUUGGGCGGAUACGACGUCUACAAGAAGUCGCUCGAGCCCGCGCUCGUAUCCGGGGCACAGUGGCCGGUGACGGAGCCGCUCGCGGUCGUGCCGGCCAUGGCCGCGGCGACCAAGAGUAUCGGGUUCGGAGUGACCAUCUCGACGACGUACGAGCAGCCGUACCACCUCGCCCGCCGGUUAUCCACCGUCGACCACCUGACGAACGGCCGCGUGGGUUGGAAUAUAGUAACUAGCUACCUUGACUCCGCCGCGCGUAACUUGGGUCGCGAGGAGCAGCCUGCGCACGACGACCGCUACGCCCAGGCGGAGGAGUACCUCAAGGUCAUGUACAAGCUCUUCAACUCGUCCUGGCGCGACGACGCGGUGCAGCUGGACAGGGAGCGCGGGGUGUACACGGCGCCGGAGCUGGUGCGGCAGAUCAACCACAACGGCCGCUUCUUCCGCGUGCCGGGGCCGCACAUCGUCCACCCGAGCCCCCAGAGGACGCCGCUGCUGCUGCAGGCGGGCACGUCGCGCGCCGGCAAGCAGUUCGCCGCCCAGCACGCCGAGGCCAUCUUUGUCUCGGCCCACUCGCCCGCCGUCGUCGCCCGCAACAUCGCCGAGGUCCGCCAGAUCGCCCGCGACUCCUUCGGCCGUGACCCGACCUCCAUCAAGGUCCUGGCCCUCGUGACCCCGAUCCUCGGCGCCACCGAGGAAGAGGCCCGCGCCAAGCUCGCCGACUACCGCCGCUACGCCUCCCACGAGGGCGCCCUGGCCCUCUUUGGCGGCUGGACCGGCAUCGAUCUGAACCAGUACGGAGACGACGAGGAACUGCGCCAGGUCGAGAGCAACGCGGUCAGGUCGACGGUCGAAGGCUACGCGCGCUUCUCGCCGCACAACUCCAAAUGGACCAAGCACACGGUCGCGGAGCACGUCAGCAUCGGCGGCAACGGUCCCGUGAUCGUGGGCACGCCAGCCCAGGUGGCCGACGGUCUCGAGACCUGGGUCCGCGAGGCCGACGUCGACGGCUUCAACUUUGCGUACGCGCUGUUCCCGCAGUCUUUCAAGGACAUCAUCGACCUGCUGCUCCCGGAGCUGCGCCGGCGGGGACUCUUCUGGGACGACUACGCCGUCCCCGGGGGCACCUACAGGGAGAACUUUUACGGCGUGGCCGGGCAGAAGUACCCGCCCGAUAACCACGUCGCCGCCAAGUACAGAUGGCGUGCCGGCGUCCCCGCGGCCGAACAUCAGAUCCCGGAGUAGAGCAAAGCGAAUAGGAGAGAACGGGGCCGCUGCAACUAGGAUCAAGCCUGUAUUAGUUGACAAUAUCACUUCGCAUUUUUACCAUUUACCGUUCCUCCUUGAUAUUAAAUGCUGAAAAUGAAUAAUAAUUGUUCCC